AUGAUUGCAGAGAACAGAGAUAUAAUCUACGAAAUCCUCGACUUUCAGUAUAUCUGGUUUGCGAUCCCAUCUACUCUCUUCCAAUCAGAGCUGAUCUUCAUUUCAGCCCGCGCCUCCACGAUCGGCUCCAUGGAAGUGCAAGACUUCCUUUCUCACAAGCAUUGGUUACCUGGGCUGCACUCCCUUGGCACAACCGCCUCCUCGACUCCCUCCACAUAUACCUCCAUAUGCAUAUGUUAUCGAGGGCGCCACAGUGCGAGAAGCCUGGAUGUCUGCGCCACAUUGGUAUGGCAUAGGAACUACGAGAUUCUCCUGCAGGUAGCAAUGGUCGGCAUAGGUCUAGCUAUGGGCGGGAAGGUCUUCGUAUAUGACGAGUAUAACUAG